AUGUUCAUGCUUUUCGCCGACGGAAAGCGAGGAUUUGUUGAGUUGGCCGAAUUGAUGCUGGCCAACAAUCAGAUAGAAAAGCUACACAAAGACACGUUUUGCAAGGUGCUUGGCUUACGUCGGCUUGAUCUCUCCAACAACAAUCUCACCUCCUUCGAGGUAGCGCCCAACUGCCUGCGAUCGCUUGAAGCGCUCGAUCUGAGUGGAAAUCAUUUCACUGUGGUACCCACUUCACUAUGGGAUUCAUUGGAGUCGUUGAGUACGCUGGAUAUCUCAGGAAAUCCACUCAACUGCGAUUGCUCGUUGCAGCCAUUCUCGACGAUAGCCAAGCAGGAGAAGUACAGCUUCCUGAACCAGGGUAAAACCUUCUGUGCAUCGCCACCCAAUCGAGCAGGAAAAAACCUCUUUGAGCUGAAAGAAGACUUAUGCAAGUCAAGCAGUUGGGGAUUGGGCACCCUGAUUCUCCUUGUUGUCGUCUCUGCCGGAUGUCUGCUCGCCUAUCGUCACUACCGAAACCGAAUACCCGUGCCACCGGCGUUCCAGUUCGGGUACAGUGGUCUGGACAGCGACGAUGACGCUGUUCGGCCCGAAUUCGUCUAG